GACGGAGCAGUCAGUCUGUGAGGUAGAGAAGUUGUCGAUACAUCGUGUUAGCAUUUAGCUCUUUCAAAUUCUUUUGUGAAAAACACUCAUAUAGUUUGGCUAGGAAAUGUGGCUGUUAUUGCAUGUUCAUACAAGGAGAUGAGAUGUAUGUGGGCUAUACUUGACAUUCCGCCUAGGGGACCUUAUUUUGACUCUAAAUUUGAGAAGAAGAGAAAGGUUGAGGAAUACUAAAGAGGUGUAAACAUAACUCCAAAAAAUGGAUGAUGUUCAGGGGGUGGAAUGAAGUCCCAGGUCACUAAUGACCCAAUAAAUGCAUUAAAGUGUCAAGCCUCUCAUAUUUUCUACAUGAUUUAUGGAGAGUUCUGUGGAAGCUACGAUGGAAUCCACAGAGGUCACAGCUGAAACCUCAGCGGACACGCAACUGGAACCCCUUCUCAUUUUCGAAGAGGGGGAUGAACCUUCAGAUAUGAUAAAUAGCACAGAAAGAGGAAGCACAGUACUGAGAGUUAGACAGGGUGAGGCAAACAGAAAAGAUGAAACUGGCAACAUAACAGAAGCUGCAGAGGGAAGUCAACAAGAUGAAAACAAUGUCCAUGCAGGAAAAAGCGAAAGUGGAGCACUAGAAGAAGUAGUAAAUGAGGAGGGGAACGUAAAUGUAGAACAUCAACAAGAGGAAAAGUUGGAAGAUCAUGAAGGGUGUGUAAAUAUGAUGAAAACAGAUGGGAGAUUGUCAGAUGGGACAAAGGGGGUAGCUGAGAAGAUGCCAAAAGAGGAGAUACAGGAACCAGUGGAGAAAAUGACAGACGCAUCGACUCAAGAUAAACCAAAUGCUCAAGUUAAACUACGACCCAAAGACAGACUGAGUCCUGAUGAUGCAAAGCAAAUGGUUCACCGGUUAUCUGCAGAUUCUCCUGAUGCUCUGUGUGAGCUGCUGUACAUGUUACAAGAGGGCCGACGACUCAAUGACCAGCGCUGCUCAUUCAGACUGGAGGGCCGGAGAAGAUGUUACUCUGAACCCAGCACCCCUCGGCACAGUCAGAAAGUGGUCUUCUCCUCCAUGACGUCACUGCAGAAGGAAGAGUUCUUCGAUUAUUUGGCAAUCUCACAGAGCCGUCGACUUGAUGACCAGCGAGCAGAGCUCCAGAACAUUCCUCCAGCCCCCCCACCACCCCAACCCAAAUCCAAACAGAGGAAGAGCAGCUGUAAGGUCACAGAGGUUACCCCAACGGUUCCCACACCAACACCAAAAGAGGAUUUAUACAACAUGAUUGUGAUUUCACAAGCCCAGGGGCGUUUGGAAGAGCAGCGCAGCGCAGCUCCAGGACCGAUGGACGAUGAAGAUUUCUUCUCUUUGUUGUUGAAGGUCCAGGGCGGAAGAAUGGACGAACAGAGGACCGAACUCAAACCUGAUAGUUUAUAGAUGCUAUUAAGCUGAGAAACAAACAUGAGGUUCCUGCUUUACUGGGCCUUUGUCAAUGUUAUGCAGUAUGUGAUUUUAUGAUGUCAGACUCUUUCCUGUCUAAAUAUAAAUAACUAUAAAGAUCAGACUACCACUGUAAGAGUACUUGCACUACUUUUUAAUGUUGCUGCAUUUGUUGAGCUUAAAACCAAAGCUCCAUACAGAUAAAUGAUGGGAGAUUAUGGUAUCUCGUGCUUUUAAAUAUUAAGAGACAUCUGAAGGAUCUCUGUCUUUUUCUAAAACUGUACAAGCGUUGUUACAGUCUUUAACUGAAAAUAAACGUAAACAUAAAAAUAAAUGUUUAAAUGUAAAUUAUGAUGUUUACUCUUAUGAGGAGCAAGAUAUAAAAUGUGAAUGAUACAAAAGCUUUAUUCAUUGAUUAUAUAGUUGGCCCAUAAGAGAUUUAUAUACUGUGGAUGUUGUCAUGACAACUCCUUUGCUACUCCUUUUCUGAAAUGUUGUUUAUUGCAACAGAAAAUAAUUCUCAAUUUGUUAAAACAAGCAAGAAUUGCGAUUACAUAACUGCACUUACAAUUAAAGUCAAUGGGGCAAUUCUUUUGAGAGCAUAGCAAGACUGAAAAAUCAUCUGUGUUUACAUGAGACUAUUGUGGUAGGUAACUCACUAACAUUGUCUGUGUAAAAUAUAAUCUUUUAAUUUCAUAACUUUUAGAUAGGAUAUAGGAUACCAGAAAGAGACGUGAUAAUGCAUUACCUGUUAUAAGGAACAUUUUGACAAUUUUGCUGCUCAAAUAACACAUUUUUGCACAAAAUAAUAAAUGUAUGCGCUUAAACAAAAAUACAAAGGUCACUUUCAGCUUUUAAACCCUCCAGAACAUCUUACUCUAUAGUAAGUGCCUUAAUAUAAACUCAUUUUUGCUUGUUUUAACAAACUAAGGAUGAGUCAAAAUGAUUGUCUGUGGUAUUAUUAUUAUCAUUACUAUAUGAAUCACAGAAGAAUAAAACCUUGAGUUAAAACACCCAUUUUUCCAUAUUCCAUAGAAUGCAAAAGCAAUAAAAGAGAGGCAUUUUGUCAUUUUACACAGAUAUACACGCACAUGUGUUGUCAGUGGUUAAUUUUCACCACUGCUGAUGUUUGUUUGAGUGUCUUGUAUUUUUGCUAUUGAUGUUUUAAAGAGAUUGCAACAUUUUAUAUAAUUAAACAUGUCAGAACUGAUGGCAUGUCAAAUUGUUUUGAACUUUUUAACUGCUUAUGACAGGAGGGAUUCAUUCUUUUUUUAUUCUGUACCUCUAAUGCAUACACACACACACACACACACACACACACACACACACACACACACACACACACACACACACACACACACACACAAAGAUAUGAUCCUUAGCUAAUCAGAUUAUUUCAGAGGGACGAAGCUUUUGUCCCUUAGUCUUUAAGGUGUCAGACCCAGUUAUGAAGCCCAAACACCGCAAUCAAAUUGCAAAUGCUGGCUAUUGUCACGCAGCAAAACUGCUGAGUCAUAUUUACAGCUAGAUUACAUAAACUGGCAUCUACAACAAGGAGGUGGUAGGAUUGACAUCAAAUGCUGCCUAUAUGUCGGCCAUAUUUCUGGUCACCUUUCACCCUAAAAAUCAAAAUAUAUUUUGUAGAAAGAAAAUAAAGCCUGUUUUUAGGUCCAUUUUUUUCAUGCAGUCAUUACUCAAAAUACCUGAAGUUGCAUGACCAAAACGUAUUAAUUAAAUUGUUUAUAAUAAUUGUAC